GAUUCUAGUUCCACUGCGCCCACCGUGCCACCCAGCAAAAAAGGUUCCCCAAACAGGGCUAAUCCCAAAAAAAGGCCACAACCCUCUCACACGUGUCGUUCACACGAGUGCCACCCACCUCUCUCUAUAAAUCUUUCUAGAAAGUUCCCUCACUCCCUGAACCUGAUCGAUCUCUUUACCAGUUGCCACACUACACCGAGAUUCCCCCUAAACCCGUUUGCGUUGUUGUUUGCGAAGAAAUGGCGACUAAGAGGAGCGUGGGAACGUUGAAGGAGGGUGAUUUGAAAGGGAAGAGGGUGUUCGUGAGGGUCGAUCUGAACGUGCCUUUGGAUGACAACCUUAACAUCACCGAUGACACUAGAGUCCGUGCUGCUGUUCCCACCAUCAAGUACUUAACUGGUCAUGGAGCCAAAGUGAUCCUUUCUAGCCACUUGGGACGUCCUAAAGGUGUAACACCUAAAUACAGUUUGAAGCCUCUUGUGCCAAGGCUGUCUCAACUUCUCGGAAUUGAGGUUACGAUGGCAAAUGACUCUAUUGGGGAGGAAGUUGAGAAGUUGGUUGCACAACUUCCAGAAGGUGGUGUUUUGCUUCUAGAGAAUGUGAGGUUCUAUAAGGAGGAAGAGAAGAAUGACCCUGAGUUUGCAAAGAAGUUGGCUUCUCUUGCUGAUCUCUACGUGAAUGAUGCUUUCGGCACUGCCCACAGAGCUCAUGCUUCUACAGAAGGAGUGGCCAAAUACUUGAAGCCCUCUGUUGCAGGAUUCCUUAUGCAGAAGGAACUUGACUAUCUAGUUGGAGCUGUGUCAAACCCCAAGAGACCAUUUGCUGCUAUCGUUGGUGGGUCAAAGGUGUCUUCCAAGAUUGGAGUUAUUGAGUCCUUGUUGGAGAAAGUUAACGUUCUCUUGCUUGGUGGAGGAAUGAUCUUUACCUUUUACAAGGCUCAGGGUUAUUCAGUUGGUUCAUCUCUUGUGGAGGAAGACAAGCUUAGCCUUGCAACUACACUUCUCGAAAAGGCCAAGGCUAAAGGGGUUUCUUUGUUGCUUCCAACUGAUGUGGUCAUAGCAGACAAGUUUGCUGCUGAUGCUAACAGCAAGACUGUGCCAGCAUCAAGCAUCCCAGACGGGUGGAUGGGAUUAGAUAUUGGUCCCGAUUCCAUCAAGACAUUUGGUGAAGCAUUGGAUAAGACCCAGACCGUCAUUUGGAAUGGACCAAUGGGUGUUUUUGAGUUUGAUAAGUUUGCCACAGGAACAGAGGCCAUAGCCAAGAAACUGGCAGAGCUGAGUGGGAAGGGAGUAACGACCAUCAUUGGAGGAGGUGACUCUGUUGCCGCUGUGGAGAAGGUUGGUCUUGCAGACAAGAUGAGCCACAUCUCCACUGGUGGUGGUGCCAGCUUAGAGCUUCUUGAGGGGAAGCAACUCCCUGGUGUCCUUGCCCUUGAUGAUGCUUGAGUAAACAUCACUAGUUCCUCUGUAAUUUGUGCUUUAUAUUAUUAUUAUGGUUGGAUUUCAGCCAACAGUGGAUUGAGGUACAAUGAGAGAGCUCUUGUUGCUCCUGUAGAGGCUUAAUAUAGGUUAGGUUUCGAAAUAAGAGGGUUUUGUGGCAUCCUUGGUGUUGCAUUGAGCUUUGAUCUAAUUGUUCUUGAACAAUGUUCAUUUCAAAAGGAGUUUUACUUUGUUAGUUAUGUUCCUUUAGUUUUAUCAGUGACCAAUUUUCAA